AUGAGUCUCUCAUUCUUUUCCAGUGUGUGUAACAACAAGGAUGUUCACACUGAGGGAGAGGACCAAAAAAUUCUAAGCAAAUAGAAAAGCCAAAGCAGAAUCAAGCCAACAGAGAGCCUGAGUCUCCUGAGGUCACAAAACAAUUCCAUGUGCAAUAUGAGUCAUCGAACCCAGUCAGUGAAAUCAUCGUUCCGGCGCACACCUACACCUGCUUCUGCUUCUGCUUUAGAUGCAUCUUCAGACUUGUAUGAGCUUGUCCUUCAGAAAAGCCGUUAUCCUCCUUUGAUGCAGGAGUCAUCAUGGACUUUGGCAGCUCCCUUCAAAGAACAGCCUCACUACCGAAGCCCAAGUGACUCCAUAGCUAAUAACUACACUCCUACUGCACGGGAUUUAAAAUUAAAAAAUAUCAAAAAAAUGAAGUCCUUUUCAAUGAUAGAGAUGUCACAGCCUUCACUGUCUGCAAAGAAAAAGAGGCGAUGGAGUUCUGACAGUACUUUGUUAAAGAGUGUGAGUCGCAUUUCACUGAGUGUACCUGCUCAUACACCAGAACUGCAUGUAAUAAAUUAUACAAACAACCAGCCACUGACCCCAGAAGAACAAUUUGCUCUCAUGGAUUUACAUGAGAAGGAGAUAAGUAAGCGAGAAAAGAUACCUUCAAGUGAUGAUUUAGAGCGGUACUGUCACUACAUAUAUAAUGGAGUGCGAGAAGACAUGCUGGCACCUCAGGAUAAGGAAGUGGUGAAUAAAAUUUUAAAACGUUUUCCAAUUCACAUUUUUCCUGGCCCAGAGCCAGAGGAAUUCGUGGCACGUUUAAAAGAAGAGAUCAGGAAAGACUAUCGUGUCAGCCUCAUGAAAGCCAUUGUUGAUUAUAUCUUGUUGGAUCCAGCUGAGAGGAAGAGACUUUCUAUUCAAAGCACCCCACGUCCUUUUCCCCGGAGAGUUGUCUGUGCACCAGUCCCAUGGCACAGCUCUUACAAAGAAACAAAAAGUUGGAAUGAGAGCAAUCUGUUCAUAGUGAAUUCAAUGAUGCCCACUUUGCAAGAGCUCUGGCUUUCUCAGUACAGCCACCUGCGGUUUGUUCGCACUGCAGAGGUGCUCUGUGGCCAGCUGCCACUGCUGCCCGCGGAGUUCGAGGACGUAGUUCGAAGGCACUGCGUGGAAGCUCGGGAUAUCCUUCAGCACAAGUGGAUUCCAGCUUGUGCAUCUAUUUUUAUUGAUCAGAAACAUAUGUGGCUUCAUUUAGCUCCUCAAAGGGACUCUGAUUCCUCUAAGAAAGUUGAAGGCUACUUUAGCUCCGUGGCAGCUCUGAUGUCAUUACAAUUGCGUGAGAUGGUUAUUAACUCCUUAGAAGAUCUUCUUGCAUUUUUUAUGAUCCACAAGGAUGGAAAUGACUUUAAAGAACCAUAUCAAGGAGUGCAGUUCUUCCUAUCUCAGAUACUCAUAGUCAAACUCCGUGUGAAAGAGCCUGAUAUUGUCUUUGAGCCACCUUUGGGAGCAUGUUGGGAGUUAAUCAGUCAUUGCUUCCAGAAGAUCCUGCAGAGUGCUGAGGAGCUCCCAAAGGUAGAGAAACUUCUGUUUCCGGAAUUACAAAGAGGUGAUCUCACUCUCAAUACAGUCAAACCACAAGAGUCAUUGUUUUUAGAGUAUAUAAACAAACUUGAAAAGAUCUUUGAAAGCAACAUAGUUGGUCCACAGAAGUAUUUAAAUGUGUACAGCAAGUACAGCAAUCUUUUGAACAACAAAUCACGGCAAGAUGUCUCAAAAUUUUUGGAAAAAGUUCCUUCUUUAGAUGCUUUAACUGAGAAGAUUGACAGCUUCACAGAACUGAAAGGAGAGAUUGCUUCUAUGGAUAUCACUGUUCCUCUGGCCAUGUUCUGUCUGGAUACUCUACAACUGCAUGAGGAGCUCUGCAGUCGGACCCAGAAUCUGAAAGACACAUUGAUUGAAUUUGAAGUGAUGGAAAACAGACAGCUAAAUCAAAGAAUAUGUGAUGACUUUAACUUUAUUGCAAAGAGAAUGAGUGAGGUGCCUCAGAGCACUGAACAGCUAGUGGAAUCUGAAGCAUUCUUGAAGAAAUCCAGUGAAGUUACUGUUGUUAAACUGAAAAAGGAUCUUGAAAAAGCAGCACACAGGCUGCAAAUCCUCAUGGACUAUGCUGAUCUCUCUGAUGAGGACAUAAACCUGAACAGCACAGUUUUCCUUUGGCUUGAUGAGAUAAAGAAAAUAUUUGAAAGCACUAAAAAAAUGUUGUCUGACAGGAGGAUUCAGGUGGAGAAGGCAUUGUUUGAAAGGUGUUCUCAGUUUAAGGAAACUCUUGAAGUUUAUAAUAAAGAAUUAGAAAGCUUCAAAAAGCGGGGAGAUAUCGUGACUCUAGAAGAAUUGAGGAAGAAUACUGAGAAGUUGGAAAAGUUAAAUAAGAAUAUAGCUGAUGCUCUAGCAGAAUUUGAGGGUAUUAAUUAUGAAGAAGAUUUGCUUGGGCAGGAGAAGAGUCAAUUUCCUCUCUUGCAAUCUAUAAUUACAACCAAAGAACCUUUUGAGCAGCUUUGGGUAACAGCAUAUGCUUUCCAUACCAAAUCUGAGGAAUGGAUGAAUGGACCUCUUCAGCAAUUGAAUGCUGAUGAAAUUAAUGAAGAGGUUGGAAAUAUGUGGAGGACCAUGUACAAGCUCUGUAAGAGCUUCCCAGAUGUGCCUGUGCCCAGGCGCAUGGCAGAAUCCAUGAAAUUCAAGCUUGAUAAAUUUAAACAGCAUCUUCCUGUCCUGUUCGUUGUCUGCAAUCGUGGAAUGAAGGAGAGACACUGGGAGCAGAUUAGUAAAAUUGUAGGAUGUGAGAUCAAACCAGAUGAAAAAACUAAUCUUAAAUACAUGUUGGACUGUGGACUCUCAAAAUUUAUUGAAGAAAUAGAACCUAUUGGAGGAGCUGCAAGUAAGGAGUAUUCCUUAGAGAAAUCAAUAGAGAAAAUGAAAUCAGAGUGGGUCAAUGUGCAUUUUGGUUUGGCCAAGUACAGGGAGACUGACACCAACAUCCUGUCUGCAGUGGAUGACAUCCAGCUUUUGCUGGAUGAUCACAUUGUUAAGACUCAGACAGUGUGUGGCUCUCCCUUCAUCAAACCAAUAGAAGCUGAAUGUCUGGCUUGGAAAGAUAAGCUGAUUUUAAUGCAAGAUAUUAUAGAUAGCUGGUUGAAAUGUCAGGCAACAUGGUUGUAUUUGGAACCAAUUUUUAGUUCAGAAGACAUUAUAGCUCAAAUGCCUGAAGAGGGCAGAAAGUUUAAGAUUGUGGAUUCAUACUGGAAAAACAUUAUGACAGAAGUGGUGAAAGACACAAAGGUACUUGUAGCAACUGAUCAGCCCAAGAUGUUAGACAGACUUCAGGAAGCAAAUGCUCUCUUAGAGGACAUUCAAAAGGGGCUGAAUACUUACCUGGAGUCGAAAAGAUUAUUUUUCCCAAGAUUCUUUUUCCUGUCUAACGAUGAGCUGCUUGAAAUACUGUCUGAAACAAAGGAUCCACUUCGAGUACAACCACAUUUAAAGAAGUGUUUUGAAGGAAUUGCUAAACUGGAGUUCACAGAAGAUCUGGAGAUCAUAGGCAUGAUCAGUUCAGAGAAAGAAAUAGUUCCUUUCAUAGAUAAAAUCUAUCCAGUGAGAGCAAAUGGCAUGGUAGAAAAAUGGCUUCUGCAAGUAGAAGAAAUGAUGUUGGCCAGUGUAAGACAAGUUCUUCAAGACAGCAUAAAAGGAUAUAGCCAGGUUCCUCGGAAAGAGUGGGUGCUUCAGUGGCCUGGACAGGCAGUUAUUUGUGUUUCCUGCAUUUACUGGACAGAAGAGGUGUCUGAGGCUAUAAGGAAAAAAGCUUUACAAGAUUUCUUGGAGAAGAGCAAUCUACAGAUCAAGGACAUAGUUGAGUUGGUGAGAGGAAAGCUGUCCAGUGGAGCCCGGCUGACCCUUGGGGCUCUCAUUGUCAUUGAUGUGCACGCUCGUGAUGUGGUCUCAAAAUUGUUUGAAGACAGAGUCACAGAUCUGAAUGACUUCCAGUGGAUUUCUCAGCUGAGAUACUACUGGACAGAGAAUGAUGUGACAGUGAGAAUGAUCACAACAGAAAUGAGAUAUGGUUAUGAGUACCUGGGCAAUUCACAACGUCUGGUUAUAACCCCACUGACAGAUCGAUGUUACAGGACAUUAAUGGGUGCCUUGAAAUUAAGUCUUGGUGGUGCUCCAGAAGGGCCUGCUGGAACUGGCAAAACAGAAACAACAAAAGAUCUAGCAAAAGCUAUAGCUAAGCAGUGUGUUGUCUUCAACUGCUCCGAUGGCCUCGAUUACAAGGCAAUGGGCAAGUUCUUUAAGGGGCUGGCACAGGCUGGGGCGUGGGCCUGCUUUGAUGAGUUCAAUAGAAUUGAGGUUGAAGUAUUAUCUGUAGUUGCCCAGCAAAUACUUAGCAUCCAGCAAGCUAUAAUUCGCAAACUCAAAAAAUUCAUCUUUGAAGGGACAGAAAUCUCUCUUAACCCCACAUGUGCUGUGUUUAUUACCAUGAAUCCUGGCUAUGCUGGACGGGCAGAGUUGCCUGAUAAUCUGAAGGCACUGUUCCGAACAGUUGCCAUGAUGGUCCCAGAUUAUGCCUUGAUUGGGGAAAUUUCACUUUAUUCAAUGGGAUUUCUGGACUCUAAGAGUCUUGCCCAGAAAAUUGUUGCCACUUACCGUUUGUGCUCGGAGCAGUUGUCAUCCCAACACCACUAUGAUUAUGGGAUGCGUGCAGUGAAAUCUGUCCUGACAGCAGCAGGGAACCUAAAACUGAAGUACCCAACUGAAAAUGAAAGUGUGUUGUUGCUUCGGGCUUUGAUGGAUGUUAAUUUGGCCAAGUUCUUGUCCCAGGAUGUGCCAUUGUUUCAGGGUAUCAUAUCUGACCUGUUUCCUGGAGUGGUUCUUCCUACACCAGACUAUGACAUAUUUAUCAAGGCACUAACUGAAAAUAUUGAAAAAUUGAAUCUUCAACCAGUGCCAUGGUUCAUUGGAAAAAUUAUUCAGGUGUACGAAAUGAUGCUGGUGCGUCAUGGUUUCAUGAUUGUUGGAGAUCCUAUGAGUGGGAAAACCAGUUCAUACAAAGUGCUGGCUGGAGCCCUGGCUGAUUUGUGUGCAGCAAACACCAUGGAUGAGUUUGCUGUUGAGUACAAAGUUAUUAAUCCCAAAGCCAUUACUAUGGGGCAGUUGUAUGGCAGUUUUGAUCCUGUAAGUCAUGAGUGGUCAGAUGGAGUUCUUGCAAAGGCCUUCAGAGAACAAGCAUCUUCUACCACAGAAGAUCGCAAGUGGAUUAUUUUUGAUGGCCCUGUGGAUGCAGUUUGGAUAGAGAACAUGAACACUGUGCUGGAUGAUAAUAAAAAGUUAUGCUUAAUGAGUGGUGAAAUAAUUCAGAUGAGCUCAAAAAUGAGUUUAAUCUUUGAGCCAGCAGACUUGGAGCAGGCAUCUCCAGCAACUGUCAGCAGGUGUGGUAUGAUCUAUAUGGACCCACAACAGUUGGGUUGGAAGCCGCUGAAGGAUUCCUACAUGAAAACUCUGCCUCCAAACCUGCAGGAAGAACACCGACAGCUGGUCGAUGACUUGUUUAUGUGGCUAGUUGAGCCUUGUUUAGAUUUUAUUGACCGUCAUUGCAAAUUCAUGGUAAAAACGUCCUCUCUUCACCUGAGUAACAGCUUGAUGAAACUCUAUUCUUCUCUCCUUGAUGAAAUUAAGGAAUGUGAUGAAGACGACAGUGAAACCAUGUCUGCUCAGCAGAUCACCUCAUGGCUGCAGGGCCUUUUCCUUUUUGCUUUGGUGUGGACAAUUGGAGGGAUCAUCGAUGCAGACAGCAGAAGAAAAUUUGAUUCGUUUUAUCGCAACUUGCUCAAUGGAAUGAACGAGCAAAACCCACGCCCUAAAAAUGUGAAGAUUAACAAAAGCAAUAUCUUCCCAGAAAAAGGGAGUGUUUUUGACUUCUAUUUUAACAAGCGUGGCCAUGGGCAGUGGGCCAUGUGGACAGACUACAUCACAAAGGAAGAGCAAGUUAUUGCCCCAGGGGCUAAGGUAUCUGAGCUGAUCAUUCCAACAAUGGAAACUGCCAGACAAAUGUUUUUUCUUCAAACAUACGUGGAGCAUAAUGUCCCUUUGCUUUUUGUGGGUCCCACUGGCACUGGAAAAACAGCUAUAACUAACAACUUUCUACUGAAACUUCCAAAGGAAAAAUACAUCCCGAGUUUCAUCAACUUCUCUGCAAGAACAUCUGCUAACCAGACCCAGGAUAUUAUUAUGUCCAAGCUGGACAGAAGAAGAAAAGGAUUGUUUGGACCUCCAACAGGGAAAGAAGCUAUAAUUUUUGUGGAUGACCUAAACAUGCCUGAAAAGGAAGUGUAUGGAGCCCAGCCAGCUAUUGAGCUUCUCAGGCAAUGGAUUGAUCACGGGCACUGGUACGACAGGAAGGAUUCAUCCCACCUCAGUAUCAUAGAUGUCCUGCUUGUCACAGCUAUGGGUCCCCCUGGGGGAGGCAGGAAUGACAUUACAGGACGCUUCACACGGCACUUGAAUAUUGUCUCUAUCUGUGCUUUCAAUGAUGACAUUUUAACCAAGAUUUUUACUGCAGUUACUGACUGGCACUUUGGCAGUGGCUUUGAUGCUUCAUUUCUAAGGCUGGGUAAGAUGAUGGUCCAAGCGACGUCGGUGCUUUAUAAAUUGGCAGUUGAUAAUUUUCUCCCAACUCCUUCAAAAUCCCACUAUGUCUUUAAUCUCCGGGAUUUUUCCAGGGUUAUUAAAGGAGUUCUGCUCUGUCCACACACUCAUUUGCAAGAUGGAGAUAAACUGAUCAGACUUUGGGUUCAUGAGGUUUACAGAGUUUUCUAUGAUCGCUUGGUUGACGACGAUGACAAGAAUGUUUUCUUUCAGAUGGUACAAGAGACAACAUUAAAUAGCUUCAAGCAGAAUUUUAAUAAGGUACUGAGUCAUCUCUCACCUACUGGAAAAGUCACUGAUGAUAAUAUUCGUGCCCUGUUCUUUGGAGACUAUUUAAAGCCGAGCAGUUCUGUCAGAAUUUAUGAUGAAAUCACAGACCUAAAGCAGCUGACAAGCGUGAUGGAAUACUACCUUGAGGAAUACAACAAUAUCAGCAAGGCCCCCAUGUCCCUGGUCAUGUUCCAGUUUGCCAUUGAGCACAUCUCCAGGAUAUGCAGGGUACUGAAACAGGAUAAUGGACACCUGCUGUUGGUGGGCGUCGGCGGCAGCGGCCGGCAAAGCGCGACCAAGCUCGCCACCUUCAUGAAUUCCUUUGAGCUCUUCCAGAUAGAAAUCACCAAGUCCUAUGGCAUCAGUGAAUGGAAAGAUGAUAUUAAACAAGUGAUGUUGAAAGCAGGUGUUGGGAACAACAAUGUGUCCUUUUUGUUCUGCGAUAAUCAAAUAAAGGAUGAAUCGUUUGUAGAAGAUAUCAACAUGCUUUUAAAUACUGGGGAUGUGCCCAAUAUCUUUCCAGCGGAUGAGAAAGCUGAAAUUGUUGAGAAAAUGCAAGGUGCAGCAAGGAUGGAGAACAGGAAAAUUGAAGCCACACCCCUUGCUAUGUAUAAUUUCUUUAUUGAAAGGGUGAAGAAAAAUUUGCAUAUUGUCUUAGCCAUGAGUCCUAUUGGAGAUGCAUUUCGGAAUCGAUUAAGGAUGUUCCCUUCACUGAUAAACUGCUGCACCAUUGAUUGGUUCCAAACCUGGCCUACAGAUGCUUUGGAAAUGGUUGCUAACAAGUUUUUAGAGGAUAUUGAGCUCAAAGAUGACAUUAGAAAAGAGGUUGUAUCAGUGUGCCAAUAUUUCCAAGAAAGUGUGAGAGAACUCUCAGUUGGCUACUACGCUACGCUGCGCAGACACAACUACGUGACACCAACUUCCUACGUGGAGCUGAUUCUCACCUUCAAGUCCCUGCUGAACAGAAAAAGGGAAGAAGUUGACAUGAUGAGGACUCGUUAUCUUGUGGGACUUGAAAAGCUUGAAUUUGCAGCUUCACAAGUUGCAGACAUGCAGAAAGAACUGACUGACCUUCAGCCUGAACUGAUUAAAACGUCUGCAGAAACAGAUAAAAUGAUGGUCAAGAUUGAAAAGGAAACAGUUGAAGUAGAUGCAAAAAAGGCAAUAGUGUCAGCAGAUGAAAAAGAGGCCAACGAUGCAGCUGCUGUUGCCCAGGGUAUCAAGGACGAAUGUGAAGCAGACCUUGCAGAGGCUAUGCCAGCUCUGGAGGCAGCAGAGGCAGCUCUAAACACCCUGAAUCCUUCUGACAUCACUCUUGUGAAAUCCAUGCAGAAUCCACCUGGUCCUGUCAAGCUUGUCAUGGAGAGUAUCUGUGUCAUGAGGGGAGUUAAAGCAGAGAGAAAACCCGACCCCAGUGGCAGUGGUAAAAUGAUUGAAGACUUCUGGGGGCCGGCCAAGAAACUUCUUUCAGAUAUUAAGUUCCUUGACAGAUUAAAGUCAUAUGACAAGGAUAGAAUUCCUCCUCCUAUAAUGAAGAAAAUUAGAGAGAAGUUUAUGAAUCAUCCAGAUUUUCAGCCAGAGGUUGUAAAAAAUGUCUCAUCUGCCUGUGAAGGCCUUUGCAAGUGGGUGCGAGCCAUGGAGGUCUAUGACCGUGUCCAGAAAGUGGUGGCCCCAAAGCGCGAGCGCCUGCAAGAGGCUGAAGCGAUCCUGGACGUUCAAAUGCAGAAGCUGCAAGUGAAACAAGCAGAACUUAAGGAGGUUGUUGAUCGCCUCCAAGCUUUGCAAGAUGAGUUUGAUGAAAUGAAUAACAAAAAGAUAGAGUUAGAGAAUAAUAUUGAACGUUGCUCACUAAAGCUCGUGAGAGCUGAGCAGCUGAUCAGUGGUCUGGGUGGAGAGAAGGACAGGUGGACAGAAGCUGCGCGGUUGUUAGGAAUUCAGUACAUAGACCUAGUAGGGGAUGUGCUGUUGUCAUCAGGAACUGUGGCUUACUUGGGAGCCUUUACUGUCGAUUAUCGCCUAAAAUGUCAAAAGCAGUGGCAGGAUCUGUGCAUUGAAAAGAACAUUCCGUGCUCCAGUGAUUUUAGCUUAAGUAAUACAUUAGGGGAUCCAGUCAAAAUCCGUGCGUGGCAGAUUGCUGGAUUGCCAGUUGAUUCUUUUUCCAUUGACAAUGGUGUAAUUGUUUCUAACUCAAGAAGAUGGUCUUUAAUGAUAGAUCCUCAAAGGCAAGCUAAUAAGUGGAUAAAAAAUAUGGAGAAAACUAACAAGCUGUCAGUUAUCAAAUUAUCUGACACACAUUAUGUGAGGACUUUAGAAACUGCUCUUCAGCUUGGAACACCAGUCUUGCUAGAAAAUAUUGGUGAAGAAUUAGAUGCUUUCUUAGAACCUAUUUUAUUAAAGCAAACAUUCAAACAACAUGGAGUAGAAUACAUGAAAUUAGGGGAAAAUAUAAUUGAAUAUUCAAGAGACUUCAGGUUUUACAUGACAACCCACUUAAGAAAUCCUCAUUAUUAUCCUGAAGUGGCUGUGAAAGUUUGUCUACUCAAUUUCAUGAUUACACCUUUGGGUCUUCAGGACCAGCUUCUUGGAAUUGUAGCUGCAAAGGAAAAGCCUGAGCUAGAAGAAAAGAAAAACCAGCUAAUUCUAGAAAGUGCAGCCAAUAAGAAACAACUAAAGGAAUUAGAAGAUAAAAUCUUGGAGGUCCUUUCCCAUUCAGAAGGAAACAUCUUAGAGGAUGAAACAGCAAUUAAUAUUUUGUCUUCAUCCAAGGAGUUGUCUGCAGAAAUCUCUGAAAAGCAACAAAUUGCCUCUGUAACUGAGAAGGAAAUAGAUUCUACUCGAAUGGGAUAUAAGCCAGUUGCUGUACAUUCAGCUGUUGUCUUCUUCUGCAUCUCUGAUCUGGCUAACAUUGAACCUAUGUACCAGUAUUCACUGAUUUGGUUCAUUAACUUGUACGUUCAGUCUAUUGCUAAAAGCGUUAAGAGUGGACGUCUACAGGAGAGAAUUAAAAAUAUAACUGAGCAUUUCACAGUGAGCAUCUACAAUAAUGUCUGUCGUUCACUGUUUGAAAAGGACAAACUGUUGUUCUCCUUCCUUCUAACAGUAGGCAUUAUGAAGGGAAAAGGCCAGAUAGAUGAUGCAGUUUGGCGUUUCCUCCUGACAGGAGGUGUUGCUCUUGAUAAUCCUCACCCCAAUCCAGCUCCAGACUGGCUGUCUAACAAAUCAUGGGCCGAGCUCGUUCGUGCAUCUUGCCUGACCAACCUGCAGGGACUAAUGGAACAUGUCAGAGACAAUUCUUCCAAGUGGAAGCCAAUCUAUGACUCUGUCAGGCCCCAUGAGGAAGCCUUCCCAGAUGACUGGAACUCACUGAUGGGUUUAGAUCGCAUGGUUAUUCUCAGGUGUUUGCGACCUGACAAAAUUGUCCCGGCAGUGCAGGACUUCAUCGUGGAAAACAUGGGAAGAACAUUCAUUGAACCACCUACAUUUGAUCUUGGAAGAAGUUACAGUGACUCAAAUUGUUGUGCCCCUUUGAUUUUUAUAUUAUCACCUGGUGCUGAUCCUAUGGCAGGUUUGCUAAAAUUUGCUGAUGAUGUUAGCAUGGGAAGCUCAAGUGUUCAAACUGUUUCACUGGGCCAGGGCCAGGGCCCAAUAGCAGAAAAAAUGAUUUACCAGGCUAUUACUGAUGGAACCUGGGUAGUGUUACAAAACUGCCAUCUUGCAACCAGCUGGAUGCCUGCCUUGGAAAAAAUCUGUGAGGAAGUUAUAGUGCCUGAGAAUACCAAUGAUAAGUUCAGGUUGUGGUUAACUAGUUACCCAUCAGAAAAGUUUCCUGUUAGUAUCCUCCAGAAUGGCAUCAAAAUGACAAACGAGCCUCCAAAAGGUGUUAGGGUGAACCUCCUUCGCUCGUACCUGAAUGAUCCCAUCUCCGACCCUGUGUUUUUUAAAAGCUGCCAAAAGCCAAAAAUGUGGCAAAAACUGCUUUUUGGUCUCUGCUUUUUUCAUGCUGUUGUGCAGGAAAGGAGAAACUUCGGCCCACUGGGUUGGAAUAUUCCAUAUGAAUUCAACGAGUCUGACCUCAGAAUCAGUAUGCAACAGAUCCAGAUGUUUCUGAAUGAAUAUGAUGAAAUCCCAUUUGAAGCUCUGACCUAUCUAACAGGGGAGUGUAACUAUGGAGGUAGAGUGACAGAUGAUAAAGACAGGCGUCUUCUCCUGUCCCUUCUUUCCACAGUCUACAACAAGGACAUCGAGCAGGAAAAGUACAUGCUCUCAGCUGGAGGUGACUACUACAUACCACCACAUGGCCCCUAUGAGUCUUAUAUUGAGUACAUACGAGGUUUGCCAAUUACAACACACCCUGAAGUGUUUGGACUUCAUGAAAAUGCAGACAUCACCAAGGAUAACCAGGAGACCAACCAGCUUUUCCAUGCAGUGCUCCUGACUUUGCCUAGAGAAGCAGGAGGAGCUGGCAAGUCCCCUCAGGAAGUUGUUGAAGAUUUGGCACAGGACAUCCUAUCCAAACUACCAAGUAGCUUUGAUAUGGAAGAAGUGAUGAAGGCAUACCCAGUACUUUAUGAAGAGUCCAUGAACACAGUUCUUAGACAAGAAUUAAUUAGAUUUAACAGGCUUACUGAAGUUGUUCAGAGCAGCCUCAUUAAUAUAGGCAAAGCCAUUAAAGGCCAAGUCUUGAUGUCUUCUGAGCUUGAAGAUGUUUUCAACAGCAUGCUAAUGGGAAAAGUGCCAUCCAUGUGGGCUGCCAAAUCCUAUCCAUCACUGAAGCCUCUGGGAAGUUACGUGUCCGAUCUCCUCUGUCGCUUGGAGUUCUUCCAGGAUUGGGUUGACAAGGGGCCACCCACAGUCUUUUGGCUCUCAGGAUUCUUCUUCACUCAGUCCUUUUUGACUGGUGUUUUACAAAACUUUGCCAGAAAAUACACCAUCCCAAUUGACCACAUUGGAUUUGAGUUUGAGGUGAUGAAACAGGAGCACACAAUGGAGAAAAUGCCAGAAGAUGGGGCUUUUGUGAGAGGCCUUUUUUUGGAAGGUGCACGAUGGGAUAGAGAAUCCUUGGUAAUUGGAGAAUCACUACCAAAAAUCCUCUAUGAUCCUUUGCCCAUAAUAUGGCUGAAACCUGGAGAAAGUUCCAAGUUUCUUCAUGAGAACAUCUAUUCGUGCCCUGUGUACAAGACAAGUGAAAGAAGAGGUGUCUUAUCCACCACUGGGCACUCAACCAACUAUGUUCUGUCCAUUGAACUCCCUUCAGACAAGCCCCAGAAACACUGGAUAAAUAGAGGUGUGGCAGCCCUGUGCCAGCUGGAUGACUGAGAGGGUGCAAUAUUGAGAUUGUAAAGAUCUGCUUUACUCCUCAAUGGCUGCAUGGCUGGUUUGUUUUUGUUUUGGUUUUUUUUUUUUUAAUGAAAUCGUGCCUAAAGAUUUUGAUGCUGAUUUUACUGGGAAUCUACUUUACAGCUCUUGCAAAAAGAUUCCGGAUUUGCCUACCACUUCUGUGUCUCAGGAGUAUGUAGGACAAGGAGGGAGGACAUGAGAAUAUUCUGUUGUCAACAUAUGAAACCAAUCCUCCAAUCCUCAGAUAGAAUGAACUACCCAAGCUUUAUUAUAGAACUGUAGUCAUUCCUUGAUGAUGUGUCAGAAUUUCCAUGGAAAACUUCUCCACAGCACGUGUAUUGGGAGCUGCCAUUUCUCAGAACAGUAUGCUUGUGCCAUAUAAUCUUUUUAUUUUUUUCAAUAUUAUUUACCUGCAUGUUCCAGGCAUCUGAUACAUGGAGCUGUUUUCUCUCUCCCACAGUCUCACUUCCUGCCAGCAGCCCAGCCCCGCACAGCCACUCACCCCCCACUAUCUCAUGGGGUGGGAUAAAGACAGUUUAAUAGGGAAAGAAAAGCCAUGCACACAAACAAGGCAAAACAAUUAAUUCCCUGCUUCCCACAGGCAGGCAGGUGUUCAGCCAUUCCCAGGAGAGCAGGGGCCCAUCACAUGUAAUGCUGACUUGGGAAGCCAUCACUCCAGAUGUCCCCCUCUUCUCCCCCACUUUUAACACUGAUCAUGAUGUCACAUGGUCUGCAAUGUCCCUUUGCUCAUUUGGGGUCACCUGUCCUGGCUGUGUCUCCUCCCACCCUCCCGGACACCCCCACAUUCCUCCCCAGCCUGGCAGUAUGAAAAGCAGAAAAGGCCUUGGCUCUGUGCAAUCUCUGCUCAGCAGUAACAAAAACAUCUCUGUGUUAUCAACCCCGUGUUCAGCACAAUCCAAAACACAGCCCCAUACCAGCCAGUGUGAGGAAAAUUGACUCUACCCCAACUUCCUCAUCUUGCCCUCUUGCAUGUUGGACUAAUAACUGCCUGAAAUUUUGUACUUGUUUAAGCCCUUUCAUCAGAGAAGCUCAAAGUAGCUUGCAAACAUUAAUUAAAAAUAAAAUAGCCUGAACAUCUUCAAAGAGCUGUGCAGUCAUUAACUAAUCCCCACAGCAUGCCAAGAAGGUACUAAAGAUGCAUCAUUAGACUUGCUGUGUACACAGGACAGGAGAAGCACAAAGAUCAAGGCAAACAUUUAAAAAAAACAUGCACUAAACAGACACCCACUAAUUUGGGGUCUUGUAUUUUUUUUCAUUACCCAAAUUGCAGCAUUUUAAUGACUUGCUGGAGGCCUCACAAAGUCAGAGAUUCAGCCAUCAUUUGGCAAUUCCCAGUAUCCUGCUCCAGGCAUUAAGGGAUGCUGCUACAACUCCUUAAAAGACACAGUUCUUGCCAUAGGAAUUUGUCUGUUGUGUUGUCCUUAGGUGAAAACAGUUCAUUAUUGUUUUAUUAACCACUGGUUUGUUUUGUGCAGAUAUUUAUAAAACAGUAACUGUUAAGAAUGGUACUGCAAUGUGAGGCAGAAGUGUAGGGGGUGUGUGUGCAGUGCUGCUCUGCAGGAAGGUGCACAGGUAAACAGCAGCUUCAUGCAGCACACCUGACACCUCAUUAACAGAGCAGCACCAGGCACUUGGUGCAUCACUGCUAUGUGGGAGUAGAGCAAAGAUGUCAGGCCAGGACACCUAAAGGAUGCUUGCUUUAUUAAAAGGGACAGAGAUGAGCAGGUGUUUCAAAUUACUGAGGAAGAAACUACUCUUAACAAAUUAGACUAAAUUAUAUUUGGCAUCUAUACCAAAAUAAAACUUGUUUAUGAAUGUUACAGCACACUCAUCCAAACUGACAACAGUUUUUAAGAAGAGAAUCAUGUUUCAGUAGAUCUAUAAAUAAAUUAAUUAAAAUUGGUCCUUGAAAAAAAUUAUUUUCUUAGAGUUCAUAAGAGAGAUACUUUGUAGUUUUCAUACAACUUAAAUUAACAGAACUGUAUUAUACAUUUAAAAAAGCAUUGUGGUGAUUAUUUGAUUUUUGAAUGUCUGCAUCUAAUUGUUGUAAUUGCAUCAACAGUUCAGAUCACUAAUUAGGUGACUGUGGUGUCAGAGAUAAUAAACCGGUCAAGAGCCUCCUUGUGUGGAAGCUCUGUGUGUGCAAGCCACAGGGGCAGGACCUGGCUGUUAAAUCCUUCCCUGUGGAUUGAUCAGCUCAGUCACUGCUCUCAGAAGGAUCUUUCUGCUCAGACACAGCUUCUGUAUCAAGGCCCUGGUGACACCUCACCUGCUGAAAGGGGGGCUGGGCCAACAACAAUUAACUCUGAAAUGAAGGUUUGUCAAUCCUCUUAUAAAUAAUACUAGUCUUGCAAACAGUCCUCUAUAUUAAACCAUUUUAAGAAGUCAGAUUCACUAACUAAAUCAUAUUUUAUGGAGAUCAUUUCUUUUAAACUGUUAGAAAUCUGUGUAAUAGCUUGCCAUGUGGGUUGCUUGAUUACCCCCUUUUUGUGAACAAACAGUAAUUGAUAGUUUAUUAAAUGACACAGUUGUGGUUCUUGUGAAUAUACAGUGACUUUGCUAUGACAUGUGUGCAAUGUCCUUGUUACUGUGUUGAUUUUCUAAAUGCUGCCUGUGUGCUGAUGUUUAGAUUUGAUAUGAAGGCAUCUCUUGGAAUGUCACUAAAAAUGUAUUUUAAGCUUUUGUAGACAUGAUAAAAAAUAGAUAGGAGAGGAGUCUGAGAGAGAGGACUUGUGCAUCCCCUUCCCAGGGAUGAGGCAUGGCUGACCUGCUUUAGCUGAUGAUUGCAGCAGUACAUGAUUUCCUAGGCUGCCCUCCCUAGUACAGAAAAAGUAAUGGAAUUUAAUGUCAAGGGACAUCUGUCUUAAGAGAUAAUUUUCUGUGGUUCUUUGAAAUGAGCUUUCCAACCUUAUUUCCUUAGCAUUGUAUAGACCUUCCUGGAGAAUGACAGACUAGCUAAACAUUAGAAUUCACAGCCUUUCUUGGCUGAGACACAUUUAGAAAAAAGGAAAAGGCAACUCAGCUGCUAGUUGGACAUGAUAGAAAUGUGAAAAAUUUUUGGACAGAGUAAGUACCUUGUAAUAGUAGUAUUAGAAUCCUUGGAUUAACAGGUUUAGAGUUUUCAUUUCUUAAUUAGAAGCACUCAUUAAAUAAGCCACAAACCCCACCUGCAAUUACUUCAAAUUGUAGAUUUACAGACUUGGUAAUAAUUCAAGGCAGAUGGAAAAAAUGCAUUACAGAGCAAGAGACAGAUUUUCCCUUAGCAGAGACAUAUUUCCAGCUAGGGAUGCUGUAAAACAGACAGGGUUUGUACAUUUUCUUAGGAAACUAAAACCUUCCUCUUAUCUAUACAAAAAUUCUUUUUAGAAAGUACUGCCCCUGUGGAUUUUAACACUGCAGGGCUGUUAAGGGGAAAAUCAUACAAUGAAAAAGCAGAAGACAACACAAAGACUCCAAAUUCUUCCACUUAUAGCUAGAAUAUUGUGCCUAACAGGAUUAGAGUUACUAGUGAAAGCUGCAGGUCUCUGCUCUAAUAAGCAUUCUUGGAAAUGAAUGUAUAGGUAUGAUCAAAUAAGUGACCUUUCUUGUGUCAGUGUCUGUGGAUAAAAGAUGGAUGUUACUGGUACCAUUACCCAGACAGCAAGGUCCAGCUUACCUCAUCUUCUUCCCAUCUGGAAGGUGCUACCAGGAGCAGCUUGUAUUAGUAGGAAGGUGGAUUAGGUAACAUUUUGGUGCUGUGGUGCUGCUCUGGGGAGCUGCUGCACCAAAAUGAGCAUUUCCUCACCCCCAAACCCCAGGGAGGGGAUGAUUCACUAAGGAGGUGCCAUGUCCAUUUUCUUAAAAGGUUGUGUGCUUGCUAAUGUUAGUUGUAUGUGCACAACUUCAUUACAGCCUUAGUAAUGAUGGAUUUAGGGAUAGAACUUGUAGAAAGGAGGUGUUAUUUAGGUUUUCAAGGCCAGAUAUUGUGUCAAGAAAUUCUUACUGCCUUGCCUACCAGCUGACUUGCAGGAGAGUUCAUGUAACUGACUCAGGACUUUUACUCCUGAAGAAUAUGAGGUUAAUGCCAUCAUUUUCCUGUAAAUUAUUCUAAAGCAUCUCCUGACUAGGGUGAUAAAUUGGAAAAUGGCAGUAUUUACUGGAAGGGGAGUAAGAGAAGAUUCAGCAAGUACAGGACAGAGUGUACACUGACUGGGUGAAUCCAGUGCAUAUCAAAUUCUGCAGAAAGCAGAGGCAUUUUAGGACAACCUGGUUUUGCAAGUAAAAUUAAUGUGCAGGAAUGACAUAUUGUGCAAUCAUUGGGAUACUUCUUGACAGAAGUUAUAAGAGCCUUGGCAUCUAAUGCAAGAGUACCAGUUGAGAUGUCUGCCUACCUGCUGGACUGAGUUGCAGAUGAAUUUUUUUUAUGAAACUCCCCCAAAAUGGUAGUUGGUCAGUUUGACCUCCAAAAACAAAGGACUCUAGUUAGAUUCUCCUUUCCAUACUGACAAACUUAAAGCUAUGAAAGAACGGGUUUGCUCUCUAGACUUGAAAAAAGAGCUGAUCUAAUCCUUUUAGCUGAACAGCCUGAAGUUUUAACAAGUUUCAGUCUUUGCCUUCUGGUGAUGGAGAGUAAUGAGGAUGAAGCCCCAGUUAAUAAUUUUUCAAACCCUUUGAAGAAUUAUUAGGCUGUCUAGCAUUUUAAGGCACCUCAAAUAAUGUGAUGCUGUUACUUGCUGGUUUCUCAGUUAAGAAAGUGGAUACUCAUUUGAGUUACCUGAGGGUAUUUGAACCUUUUAAAAAUUGCUUCUUUGUAUUUUCCUUCAGAAGUAAACUCAAACUCCUGUUGUUGUUUCAACUUGGUGUAAAUCUUCUGUAAUUUUAGGGCUGUUCUUUGGAAAUAAUCUACAUUUUACAAUAUGUGCUUAGGAAAGAGUUGUGACUGUAACACAGACAGUAAAAUUAGACUGCUCAUUUCCAUGGCUGUUUAUUCACCUGAUGUGUCAGAGCAUCAGUACCUUCAUUAGUCACCUGAACUUCAGCAAUUCAAAAGAUUCAAAUGAUAGUUUUAUGACAAAGAGUAAGCUUAAACUUCCAUUCAAACCCCUUGCCUUUGCACAUUUUGGCUGGGCUCAGCUGAUACAUCCCUACACUGCUGUAUCACAAUUAGGAUAUCAGAUUAGCCUGACUUCUUUCAAUGAAGAACUAAGCAGUGUGUGCAAUCAUGUUAAUUUUUGGUUUUUUGCUUUUUUUAUGCAAUCCCCCUUUUCCUAGGCUAAAGGAGUUUUGUUUUGUGUCUUCCUGGCAGCAGUAAAUUUGCAAAGCUUCCACUGUCAGAAUAAUGGCAUUUUACCUGUUACUCCCCACAUGAGGCAUUCCCAGGAAAUAAUUAAAUGGGAAUAGAGACCUUUGUGGACUGGAGCCAUAAAGGGCAGUGAGAAAUUGGGCUAGCCAGUACCUGUCAUGCUGAUUCACACUUCUCAUUGUUUUCUUCUACUUUCUCAUCUGCUUGUAGUUUUUUCACUCUUAAAAGUGCAUUUUUAGGAGAGGAACUGUCAGUCUGUUCUGCACAGGACCUGUUCUAACUUACUUAGACAGCAAUAUUUCUUUGUCAUUGUUUAUUAGAGCUUGGAGAGUUUCAAAUGACUUGGUGUGCUCAGAAAUGAGAUUUCAUUGAUUUCUCCCACUUUAAAAGGAAAUCAUACACACAUGCAUAUGUCAAAUUUGGUUUUCUUUUUUUUUUUUUUUUUGCCACUAUUAAAGUCAGGCUAGAAUAGGUUGUCCUUUAAGUGCUCUGGACUGUGCUUAGGUAGUGUCCAGUACAGUGUGGCUCUUGUCCAAGCUUGGUCUCACAGGUAUUUCAAGCCUGAAGGAUGGAAGACUCCCCCAGCUUCCCUGAAGAGAACAUGUCAACAGCCUGGUAAAGUCAGAGGACUGCAAAGGAGCCAAAACAACUGGUAGGCCAUGAAAAGAAAAUUAACUUCAUUUUACUUCUAUUCAUGAGGCACCUGGGAAACAGAAAUACCCCUCAAACUUAAGAGACUUGUAGAUACUUUCUUUUACUAAAGUUGGGGUUCAAUCCAUAACGUAAGAGUUAAAAACUAACACCAAAAUUAAAAUAAUUGUUGAGAAAGCCAGUGUGCUGAUUGUGCUGAAAAGCUGACCAUGUGAAAACACAUAGUGAGGACACCAAAGCAUCCUAAGCUUGUUCCCAUAGUGAUACCCUGAAGGCAGAGUUUUCAGCCAGUCCAUACAUGGGAACCUGAGGAACCCAACACUGGAAUGUUUUACUCAGAGUUGUGUAAUAGCAUUCCAAACUUUGCAUUUCACAUCCACACCCUCUCCAAAGGAAGAGAGAAAAAAGCUGACAUAGAGACUCUAGGCCACUCCUCUGCAGUUUGCAAAGGAGUUGUGGCACUUCUGCUGUCUCUUCUACUGUCCAGAAACAAAACUUCCCCAUAAGGGUACUGUGAAACUGGAGCUCUCCCCCAGGGGCAGCAGGCAGAGCAGGGAGCAGAGAGGAAGGAGAGCAGGUGCAUGGUGCAGUGACUGUAUUCCCACUGGCAUUCAGAAGCUCUGGGGGAACUGUGUCUGCUUGAGUGUCCCAGACUUCCUUGAUUU